AUGGGCUCAGUUGAAGAAUUAACUGAGCCCAUUUGGAGAAGGAGACUCUUUUCCACCUUUAGAAAAGCUUAUCAGAUCCAGAUAACGUCCUUCAAAGUUGGGAUCCCACGCUUGUUAAUCCCUGCACUUGGUUUCCACAUCACUUGCAAUCAAGACAAUCGCGUUACUCGAUUGGAUUUAGGUAAUUCAAAUCUGUCUGGACAUCUAGUCCCUGAACUGGGGAAGCUAGAGCAUUUGCAAUAUUUGGAGCUUUACAAAAACAACAUUCAAGGAACUAUCCCUGCUGAGCUUGGUAACUUGAAAGGCCUUAUUAGCCUGGACUUGUAUAACAACAACAUCUCUGGAACCAUCCCUCCCUCCUUGGGAAAACUCAAGUCUCUUGUUUUUUUGCGGCUUAAUGAUAACCGAUUAACUGGAAAAAUUCCCAGGGAACUUGUUGGAAUUUCAAGCCUCAAAGUUGUGGAUGUUUCUAGUAAUGAUCUAUGGACAAUUCCUGCCAGUGGACCAUUUGAACACAUACCUCUCAACAACUUUGAGAAUAAUCCUAAACUUGAAGGUCCGCAGUUGCUGGGACUUGCGAGUUAUGACACAAACUGCUCAUGAAUGAUUGACUAGUUGGUUUCAGAUAGAUAUGUACUUGAAAAAUUGAAAGUGUCUUACCUUUACCUCAAAGUGUAGUUGGAUUGGUGAAAAAUGAGACCCAUAUAUAUGUAAAGUAUACUAUACUGGUUGAAUGCAUCUGUAAUUGCAUUGUUAUGCUCUUUCCAAAAAUGUUCAAGACUAGAAUUUUAUUGAUGUAAUACUAGUGGAGGUUUCUUGGUUGUGGUCGAUGCUUUAAUUUGAUUU